GGAAGACGCACUGACGUCAGUAUCCCACCUGCUCCUGUGACUGGGCUGGAUCCGGUUCUGGAUCAGGUUCUGGAUCUGGAUCUGAUCUGGAUCUGAUCUGCAUCUGAUCUGGAUCAGGAUCUGGAUGUGGACGCGCGCCUGUGCUGCGCGCUGCUGGAGAGAGAGCCGUGCGCCGUCACGCGCUGAAGGUGCCAUGAAGCGAAGGAAACUGAGUUGCAGCGGAGGAGGAGAGCGCUGCUUCUAAGAGCCCGCACAUGGGAACAUCGGAGGAACAUCGGAUUAUUACCGCACUCGACUCUAAAAUGGCCCAAAACACAUCUCUUUAUUUCCGUAUUGUCGAGGGCAGGAACCUCCCCGCCAAAGACGUCUCUGGAACCAGUGAUCCAUACUGUAUUGUAAAAGUUGACAAUGAAGUAGUAGCCAGGACGGCCACAGUGUGGAAGAACCUUAAUCCUUUCUGGGGUGAAGAGUAUACACUGCACCUCCCGAUGGGUUUCCAUUCACUUUCCUUCCAUGUCAUGGAUGAGGACACCAUUGGGCACGAUGAUGUUAUUGGAAAGAUUACACUGAAUAAAGACGCCAUCAGGUCUCAAGCUAAAGGGCUGGAUAACUGGCUGAACCUGACGAGGGUCGACCCUGAUGAAGAAGUCCAGGGAGAGAUCCAUCUGAGUGUGGAGCUGCUGAAAGAUACAGAGAAGAUCAGCCUGCGGUGUCAAAUCAUUGAAGCCAGAGACUUGGCUCCAAGAGACAUCACCGGGACCUCUGAUCCAUUCGCAAGAGUUAUUUUCAACAACCACAGCGCAGAGACCUCGAUUAUCAAGAAAACUCGUUUCCCUCACUGGGGAGAGACACUGGAGCUGCAGGUGGAUCCCGAGGAGCUGAGUGUGGAAGGAAACGUCACUGUGGAGGUCUGGGACUGGGACAUGGUGGGCAAGAAUGACUUUCUUGGAAAGGUGGAAAUUCCUUUUCCUUGUUUGCACAAGGCACCUCUGUUAGAUGGCUGGUUCCGUUUACUACCCUUGGGAAACAAUGAGGUUGAUGCAGGUGGUAAGCUGGGAGCACUGCGUCUGAAGGUGCGUCUGGUGGAGGAUCGGAUUCUGCCAUCUGUGUACUACCAGCCUCUCAUUGACCUCCUGGUUGAGUCAGUCAUCUCGCCCACAGAGGUGGAGGAUAGCAGCGCUCUGACCAUGCUGGAGGAUGUAACCACGGUUGAGAGCCGUCAAGAUGUGGCAAUGACCCUGGUGAAGAUCUACCUGGGCCAGGGCCUUGUGGUGCCUUUCCUGGAUUACCUGAACACUCGGGAGGUCAACCACACCACUGAUCCAAACACUUUGUUUCGCUCCAACUCACUCUCCUCCAAGGCUAUGGAGCAGUUCAUGAAGGCUGUUGGCAUGCUGUAUCUGCACGAGGUGCUGAAGCCCAUCAUUAAUCGCAUCUUUGAUGAGAAGAAAUACAUCGAGCUGGACCCGUGUAAGAUCGACCUGAACCGCACGAGACGGAUUUCAUUUAAGGGGGCAGUGUCGGAGGCAGAGGUGCGGGACAGCAGUGUGGAGAUGCUGCAGAGUUACUUAACCAGCAUCAUUGAAUCUAUUGUGGGCUCAGUCGAUCAGUGUCCUCCGGUCAUGAGAGUGGCCUUCAAACAACUGCACAAGAGAGUAGAGGAGCAAUUUGCUGAACCUGAGAACGAGGACGUGAAGUAUCUGGCCAUCAGUGGAUUCUUCUUCCUGCGUUUUUUUGCUCCUGCCAUCCUCACGCCUAAACUGUUCCAGCUGAGAGACCAGCACGCGGACACGCGCACGAGCAGAACCCUGUUACUACUCGCCAAGGCAUUGCAAAGUGUCGGGAACCUGGGCCUUCAGCUGGGUCAUGGAAAGGAGCAGUGGAUGGCUCCUCUUCAUCCCAUCAUCCUUCGCAGCGUGGCGUCUGUGAAAGACUUCCUCGACAAGUUAAUCGACAUAGACCAUGACAUUGUGUCGGAGGUGCCUCAGAGGGCCGUGUUCAUGCCUUCUGUCACAGUCAAAGAGGGAUUCCUCCACAAACACAAGACAGAGGGGCCCCAGCUGUUGUCCCGCUUUGCCUUCAAGAAACGCUACUUCUGGUUGACCAGUGAGACGCUGUCCUAUGCCAAGACCCCUGAGUGGCAGGUGCGCUCCUCCAUCCCCGUGCAGUGCGUGUGUGCCGUGGAGAGGGUGGAUGAAAAUGCCUUUCAGCAGCAGAAUGUAAUGCAGGUCAUCACCCAGGACAACGACGGACAGAUGCACACCAUGUAUAUCCAGUGCAAGAACGUGAAUGAGCUGAACCAGUGGCUGUCAGCGAUCAGGAAAGUCAGCAUCUACAAUGAGCGCAUGCUGCCCUCUUUCCACCCAGGGGCUCAUCGCGGUGGCAAGUGGACGUGCUGUCUGCAGGCAGAACGUGCAGUCACAGGCUGCAGUAGAACCCACUCGGCUGUCACUCUGGGGGACUGGAGCGACCCGCUGGAUCCCGACGUUGAGACUCAGACCAUAUACAAGCAGCUUCUCCUGGGCAGAGAGAAACUGAGGAAAAAAUAUGUGGAGAUGCCGGAUGCUGAUCAGGCGUUGAGCAAUAAAGAAAAGAUCAGCCCUGACGUUGUCCCAGAUGGUGCAGAAUGCAACGUUCAGCUCCUGAAGCCAGGUCAGAGCAUGGUCGCCCGGCUGCUGGCGGUUCUAGAGGAUCUGGAGCAGGCUCACGCCACCUUCCAGCACAGAGAGAAGCAGGACGCCACCAGUGUCAUUCUGAAUCCCUAGACUCCAUCAUCACAUCAGGAUCCACUGAUGGAGAGAGGCAGGGGGCGGGGCUGCAUCCUGAACCAACACAUUUAAGCAUCUCCCUCUUGAUUGUCAGGGAGAGAGAGUGGCCACAGGAUGUGCCCUCCUUCAUCCUUUCAGUUCACGCCUCACUGUGAAGAGCACAAGAAACUCUCCCACUUUGAAUCUUUUUGUAUUCUCUGAGUGCCACUGGCUUCAACAGCGCCACAGAGAGAGAUUAUAAUACUUGACGAUAGAGGGGGGGGCCGAGGGACUUUGACGCUGAUAUUUUCUAAUGUUGAUAACAAGCAAUCUGUCGCAUGGCCUGCAUCCUCUUGUUGUUGAAAUGUGACGAGGAGCUUUUAUAUUUUUGAGAAACUGUACAGGACCUCAGUUGCACGUUUUUAUGCAAAUGGCUUGUUGUAGUGUAAUCUACAUUAACUGAAUGUAAGUUGUUUUCACAUUGCUUUUAUCAACGUUUCAUAUCUUAUUGAGGCAAUUUUUUGGCACAUUGCGGCCACAUUAACAUUAUAGGUCAUACCACCAUGAGAUUAUGAAAUGCUUGUGCUCAUGCCACAGUAAGACGCUGCCUGUUUGAUAAGAAACAUGAUCAUUUUAAUUGUUGCUUUGGUCCCUUUAGACAAAACAAUGUGCUUUUGUUUGGUGCUAUGGCCAGUCCACCUACAUGUUUGGUUCUCAUAUUAUUUGCAUAUUUAAGAAACACUUGAUGUAGCCGUUCCCUAAAGUCAUAUGGGUAACAUUUACCUUUCAAUAUAAUAUAUUCAAUCAAUAUAAUGUCCAUCCACAUCCAGUUACCUGAGAUUCUCCCAUUUGAUAUACAUUUACAUUUCCUUGAGAUUUAGGUGCCACCAUAUUUGGCUUGGAUGUGUCUUAUAUGCCAAAUUUCUUUAUAGACAAUGAAAUGAAAAAAAAAUCACAAUCAAUUUUCUAUAUACAGUAUGUGAGACGCACAAAACACAAGCGUAUCGUAAAAGCCAUUUCCUGCACAGAGAGUAGCGUUCAGUGUCUUUCCUUGAAAUGGAUGUCACUGAAUGUCGGAGAGAUCAGUCCAGUGAUCUCUCAUUGAGUCUCAGUAUGAAUUUUAUUGUGGUAAACAUCAUUUCUGUUAGAUGUAAACCUAAAACACACAUGCCAGACACAGCCAUAGGUUCCAAUGAUAUUUUUUAUAUUUCCUAAAGGUUUUGGUUUAUGCUGCCUUGCUCCAAAAUGUUGUUUUAUUGAUUUGCGACUUCAAUCUUUUCAAAACUAAACUGUGGUUUGUGAACUUUAUAUUCCCUGAAUAAGGGCUUUUAUUUUGAAAAGAAAAACACACUGCCUGUACUUUAUUUUGCAAAUUCACCAUAAUGGUUUGUUCCAAGUGAAUUGUUACUGUGAACUAAAAACAAUUGUAUUAUUCAGUAAAAUCUUAUUUCAGCUAA